UCGACAGCGACACUGUCGAGCGACCACGAUUAGCACACAUCACCGUUACAAUGCUUUGCUCACGCUGCAUGCGGGCUACCACAAGCGCACUGCGCUUCUCUUCCCAAUCAACACAACGGCGAUCUCUCUCCCUUCUCACUACAACACUUACGCGGCCAGCGCUCACCCCCACACGACCGAGUUUACCAGCAUCCUCAGUCGAGUCAACAACGUUCGCACAACCGACAUCAUUGACUGGUCUGUCAAUAUCGCAAGUACGAGGCGCGAAACGCGACACAUAUAACCCAUCGCACGUUGUGCGGAAACGAAGGCAUGGAUAUCUCAGCAGGGCGAAGACACGGACGGGGAUGAUGAUAAUCAAAAGACGUAGAGCGAAGAAGAGAAGCACGAUGAGCCAUUGAUGUGUAGUUAUUGUUCAGUGGGAGGAGAGUGGACGGCAUAGGGUAGCUGAAGACGGGAUUUUGCAAUCGCAUGCGCAGUGCAGGCGACACCAUACAGGCGGUAUCAAUGGCACCACGGGUGUUGUGACAACAGUGUAAGACAUAUCUAUGAGCUCGCCAUACAGGAAUCGUGUAGGCAUCACGAGGCGGCAGAGCUGGAAAAGCAGCAGGAGCAUGGAAGGAGUGCCAGAGACAACGGCUCUGCGCCUGUAAGACAAUCACAUUUGCAAGUGAACGUCUAAGACAGAUCUCAUUCACUUCGACGCCCAGA